CUCCCAAGUGGGACAGUACAGGAAGUGGUCCCUUUAUCUUAUUGUGUUCAUUGAAGCUUUAUAGGCCUGUGUCAUAAAUAUUCUGAAUGUUUCUCCACAGAUUUCUUUAAGAGUGACUGAGGAGGCAAAAUGGCUCACUUCUCAUUGUGGAUCAAAGCCAGUUUUAUCAUCAUGUUGGCAUUUUAUUUUUCCUCUGAUACUGUAAUGUCUCAGUUGCUUGACAACAGGACACCACCAAACUGUAAGGCAUAUGGAGAACCACCAUUUGCUUGCACCAGGGAAUACGAUCCCGUCUGUGGAUCUGAUGGACUCUCCUAUAGUAACAAAUGCACAUUUUGCCAGGAAGUAAGUUAUUAUUACAGUCUAUGGAAAGAAAUCAAAUGUUCAUUAAGAGACAAAUGGAUAAAAACUGUGGGUUCAUCAGUUCAAAUUAUCCCCAAGCCUCCUGCUGAGGGGAAAUCUAUUGAGGAGCAUCUGUGAGACACUUCUCAUGAUCUACUUUACAGACUUCAGGGAGGCCAGAGAAUACUUUUAUCUUACUUGCCCAGAGCCAUUCAUCUUACCUCAUAAAGCUUCUCACUCUCAUAUCAAUAAAAUACAGUUAGCUGGAGGGAGGUAGGUGGCUAGGGAGGAAACGUGCACAAGGUAAUCAAAGUCUCCUGAGCUGUGGCUCCCACAGUACAUUAUUUCUCUGUGUAAGGUAGGUCACGUGGGGAAUCUAGGGAGAUAGCCCUGGUGUAUACCAUUGCUGUGAGGACUGCUCAAGAAAUAUCUUUUCCCAUUUUUAUCUGAAUAAAACACAAUUUCAAAUGAUUAUUUUAAAUGCAGCCAGGCUCCUUGUGGGCCACUCAACGUGUUGAGAAAGGUAUGAGCUCAUUCUCAUGUCUUUACAGAGGACUUUUCUUGGGUUUUCUCUCACAUCUCUAGGGAAGCCUUUUCUUUACAUGUUAUCUCUUGUUGAAAAAUGGGGUUGGAAAAACAAGAGAGGAAAGAGUCUCUAGGAAUCUAGUGAAUUGGAGAAGUUUAUUUACAAGAAAGAACUUACUAAAAUUGAACCCUGGAUUCCAUUUGAUCAUCCAUUAGAAAUAAGUCAUGUGUCCUUGUGCCAUUUUAAUAAAUAUUCUGAGCAGUUUUUUCCACAGACUUUAUCAAAUGUCUUUAUUCUCAUUAUGGACCAAAACUGUUUUCAUCAUCUUGAUCUUUGCUAUUUAUUCUGGUCUUGUCUGAAGAUUGAGUCAUAACUGAGCAAGUAGGAAGGGUGAAGUAUCCCCAUAAUGAGGAAAGGACAUAUGUGGGGUUGAAGAGCCCGUGGGGCCCAGUUGCUGGUAGAAACAAAGUGGUGGCAAACUUAAUUUUGUUCAUUAUGGUAUAUGCUGACAUUUGCUGGAGCUGCACAUUCCUAUGGCUUCUAUUGUGAUACCAUUUUGCAAUGGAUUCUACAAACAAUUAGAGUCUCACAAUCAGGGUCUUUGAUUCCUAGAAGACCAAGUCAAUUUUCUUAUAGGACACAAUAUGAAAUACCAAAUAUUCAAUGCUCUUCUCUUUCCAACUCUUAGGUCUUAACAUUGCAAGAUUUUUUAUUCUCUAUCUUCAAUUAUUCAAUGACAGCUUAAAAAACUAUCUUAAUUUUUUGUUUGAUAAUAUAAAGCCUAAUACAAUGUAAAUAUAUAAAUAUGCUCAAUAAAGAUGUUAAAAUGUUU